AGUUGGUAUGGGGGGAGGAAAAGCGGGUGGCAACGAGCAGUUGACUCAUCCAGUGUGAGUGUAUGAGCAUGCCGGUUGAGAGCAGCCAGGACUUUUUGGAAGCCGACGUUAAAAGAGUGUUUGGAUCCUGUGUGGUUAUCACUGGCAGCCCAGUGAGGCUGUGUCUGCAUGGACGGGAAUGGGCACACAGGACUGCAGUAGCUACACUGGGCUCCCAUGGAAGCACAGUAUUUAUGUAGUCUUGCUGCUGUCUCAUCUGUGUUGCGUACAAGUAUGGGCACAGUGCAAAAUACUGAAGUGUAACUCGGAGUUUGUGGCUGCCACCUUGGACCUUGGUGGUGGAGCUGGCAGGGAGGGUGGGAACGCUGGUUACUGCAGCGCCUUGCGCUCCUAUUCUCACUGCACCCGCCGGACUGCUCGCGCCUGCAGGGGGGACCUGGCGUUCCACUCAGCCGUCCAGGGCAUCGAGGACCUUCUCAUGCAACAUAGCUGCCCCAAAACGGGCCCAACUGCUCGGCCGCGGCGCCCAACUCAGGUCCCCAUCUCCAGGGACGCCUGUUUCUAUGAGAAAAGCUACCUGCAGCGCGAGGGGAAGGCCCCUGAGUACCUCCACUGUGGCGUGUUCGGGGACCCACACGUGCGCACCUUCCAUGAUGAGUUCCAAACAUGCGCUGUGCAGGGAGCCUGGCCUCUCAUUGAUAAUGACUACCUGUACGUGCAGGCAACCAGUGAAGUCCUGCCGGGAGAGGUGUCUGCCACAGCUCUCACUAAGAUAACUAUCAUCUUUAAGAAUUGGCGUGAGUGCAUCGAGCAGCAGAACUAUCGCGCUGAGCUGGACAACGUGCCCCCAGCCUUUCUCGACGGCUCCAUCACCAGUGGUGAGCGGCGUGGGCACCACAGCCUGCAGGUGAGCACCGGCCCCGGGCGGCACGCGCAGAUCAACGCCACGCACAUCGGCACGACGCUGGUGGUGCGGCAGAGCGGGCGCUCACUGAGCCUCUCGGUGCGCGCACCCCGCGCCAUCGUGGACGCCUUCAGCCCUGAGCAGGACCUGCAGCUGUGCAAGUGGGGCUGCCCGGCCUCCCAGCGGCUGGAGCACCCGCCGCCACAGCCCGGCACGGAUGCCUACACGCACUGCGCAUCUUUGCUGCCCGCCAAGGACAUGUACUUCCAGGCUUGCCUGUUCGACUUGCUGACCACGGGGGAUGUCAACUUCAGCUCCUCGGCUGUCGCCGCGCUGCAGGACGCACGUGGCAUGAUUGCGGACACAGGGAGAGUGCAUCUGUUAACGGCUGCGGCAACAAGCAGUCACCUGUCAUGUGCUCUACUCACGCUUCUGAUAGUGUCUCUCACAGAUGUCACUCUCUCAUUUCUUUUAGAGCAAAGUGUAUGAUGGUGGCAUUUGGACCUGUUGACAUGGUGGACAUAAAAGCCAAAGAACCCAUUUAACUUAUAAAAUAAUCUAUAACUUAUUAGUUCUUUCUCUCAAAAUGACUAAUUUAUUAGGGAACACUGUGCUAUUGUAUAUUUAAUCGCUGUUGCUGUUAAUUUCUAUUAUUAAUUUGUAGGUUACAUUUUCUUGUAAUUUGUGGCGUAACACAUUUCUAGUACUCCCUACUGAAAAGAAAGGGUAAGAGUAUAUUACAAGCCAAACAUAGAUUAUAUUAUCAUCCCAGUGUCUGGGGGCUGGUAGCGCUUUGUUCAAAUUAUUAGGUAAGUAACUGAAUAUUUCCCCUGUGCUGCUUCUUACAUCCACUGCAUGGGUUCAGGGAGCCAUAUUUUGCACCUAAUAUAAAAUAAGCUUUAGUAUUUAUAGAUUUAUUUUAGUUAAACUUUCAUGCCAUUAAUUUAAACUACUUGUAUAUGUGAAUAUAUUGACUAAAGAAUAUGAACAUAGUGUGUCACGGAGAAAGGCACAUUUUACAAAACCAUAAGUUAUUGCUAUUUUUAAAGUCUGUACAAAGUCAGUUGGAAAGUGUGUCACUGUCAUGAUGAAAACUUUACAUGCGUAAAAUGAUGUAAAAGAAUAUGACACAGUCUGGAACUGUAUCUCCUGAAAGUAUAUGUGUUGCUUGUCUAAUAUGUUGUUUGUGUUUAAGGUAUACUGAUUACUAACCCAUCCCCAUGACAGUGGGAGAGAUGACAAUUAUAAUGCAGGUGAAAUGAAAAUAGCUUUAUAUUUAUUGGGCAGAAAUCUUUGGACUAAAAGACACUUUCUAAUAUAUUCACACAGGAUUACUGUAACAUUGUUACAUAAGAUGUUAAUCACUAUUUACACAACAUCUGUACGUGUAGUAUAUUGUUUUGUGUUGUAAGAUAAUAAAAAUAAACACAUCUAUCCCAGACAUACAUA